AUGGCGAAUCGGUAUUCCACCUUUUCGACAAACUCGGCCCUUGGCGGGGCCAAGUCAUCCUCCCAAGUGUCCACAACUUCGCUGCUCAAUGCUCUACACACAGCAUAUUCGGCCGGUCAGCCUUACCAGCUCGAAAGCGGUUCCAGUGUCGUGGUAAACACAUGGCUGACCGCGGCCAACAUCAACCCCGAUGGCACCCCGGGUGGAACUGUUGAUGCCCAGCUAGCCGAACGUGCCUGGGAACAUGCCCGCCGCAGAGCAGAGGAUGGUUGCAUUGUACUAAGUUCACUCCAUCGCUCAACCCCAUGCCUCCUCCCGGCGUUUUUGUCGACCGUGCCUCUGUCAACACCUGAACUACUUUAUACUGCAAUCGAUGCUAUUCGCCCCUUUGUCACCGCCGUCACACCUUUCAACCCGUCCUAUUCCCUGUACUCAUCCUUUGCGGUAUCAUAUACCUUCACUCUAUCAGGCAAUGUCACUGGAGCAACCCUUGCAUUGUCCACAUCUGGACUUAAUGUCAAUCGAGGUCUUCUCGAUAUCCCUGCCGAAGCUGGUUAUCGCGCUUUUGACGUUUUUUACUACCUAAUCAAUGCUGCCUCGAGCAAUGCUGAGAGGGAGUACCUUGCUCUAAAAGACCCUUCUACAUACACCACCCUCAACAAGUCCCAAACUUACGAUCCACCUUCCUAUUUGCCAACUGCCGAUGAUGCUGCUGCCGCUGAAGAUUUCCGAUCUGCUCUCAAGUCAAUUGGAAUCAAAGGCGCCACCCAGAGAGGUUUGAUCUCAGUCUUGGCGGGACUCCUCAAAUUAGGAAACACCCUCGGCUUUCUCGUCGAUCAGGAAGACCUCGAAGAGGUCUGCGAGGAAGCAGGCGAGCUGUUGGGAGUUGAUCCCGAAAUUCUACUCCACAACUGCGCCACUGAUGAACGUGAAGUCUUCGUCGCGGGAGUCUAUGAGGCAAUUGUUGAUUGGGUAAUUCAAAAGGCCAAUGAGGCCAUCGCAAACCAACUCCGGGACCACCAGGAGAAUGGAUCUAGUGAUGAAUCUGGGGCUCCUUAUGGGGACGAUGAUGCCGACACCGUCAACAUGACAAUCAUUGAUAUCCCAAGCCCGCCUCUUGGCAAAGGUGUUGCGUUGCGGGGUAUCUUUGACGACACCAUUGGUAUCAAUGCCGAGAUGAAGGAAGAUGGACUAGAAAUUGUCGGUGCUGGUCAAUCGGUCCUUAAUGAGAUGAACAACGCUGUUGUCGAGGUGGAAGCCGAUCUGGGCAUUACCGGAGGCGCAGCUGCCCGGGAGCGGGAUUAUUUUCUAGACAAAAGACAGAACGUCCUAGAAAAGGUUGGUAUCGAGGUGGAAAUGGGUGGCUUCCUUCGAGAUAUCCUGUUUCCUGUCGACAGCGAAGGUAUCACUCUAGGCAAGCGAGGUCGUUUUGACCUCCCAUCGUUGUUGGGGAGUAGUAGGGUUUGGUAUCACCUCGCUGUGCACCCUACCGAUGAUGCCCCAGAGAACAUGGCGUCGUUGCCGACUGUAACCUCGGCCUGGUCGGCCGGCGCUGUCUCCCGUCAAUUACGCGACUGGCGUUUACCGGAAUGGGCCAAUCGACGCCAUAAGCAACUCGACUUCACAGCCGAUUUUGACGUAGACGAGUUCGUCACCCGAUACUCACGUCUGGGCUGCAAGGAAGGGAAAGAUGGCGUCGAGAGCUGGACUCUUGAGCGGGGCUGGAGCAACGGCGAAGUCGUCGUUGGCCAUGAGAGAAUUUGGAUGCGCGAAGGUGCUUGGUGGGAGGCCGAGACAAUGUUGGAUCUGAAGCCGGAUGGCAAUCCAUUCAUGCCAUCCAACCCCUUUGAAACCGGCUAUUCCGCCACACCACCAAAUCCAAACGCAUCUGGUUUCUUUCCCCCUCUGCCUCUGGCCGACUCUGGCAGCUUCAUAGCCGGUCCUGAAAAUCUUUUAAAUGUCAACAGACAAAGCGCCAUGUCUCCCGGUAUGGCUCGCUCAAUAGGACCGGGAAACACCUUGCAUUCUCUUGGUGUCGGUGGUGACUAUGGCCUGGGUCCAAAAGGAGAUGAUCGUAGAGCAGACGACGCUUAUUAUGAGGCUGAAUUGAAUCGCCUUGCCGGGAAUGAUGCUGAAUUUGGCGAGGCAAAGCAUAUCGAGAAAAGAAAGAUCACCUUUGGUCGACGUCUUUGGGCCGGUUUUGUUAUGGCCAUGACCUUCUGGAUUCCAUCCUUCGUGCUACGGUAUGUUGGCCGAAUGAAGCGUCCAGAUGUGCGAAUGGCCUGGCGGGAAAAGUUCGUGCUCGUGUUCCUCAUCCUUUUGUUCAACGGCAUUGUCGCCUUCUACAUCAUUGCAUUCGGUAACCUACUUUGUCCCAACAAAAACAAAGUCUGGAAUCAGCAAGACCUCAGCACUCAUCAAGGUGACAAUGACUUUUACGUGAGUGUGGCGGGUAAGGUAUACGACAUCAGCAAGUUCUGGAAGCUUCAACACAGUGACUCGACCAUCAAAACAAGCUCCUCGAACAUGCAAUGGUCUGCUGGUCAAGUUUUGGAUGCAUACUUCCCCGUUCCUUUGACCGAAGCCUGCCCGAUGUUUGUGACUGAUGAUUCUAUCUAUUUGCAAAAUAACAACACUGCUGCCACUAUCGAAUCGUCAGCUGUGCACAACAGUGGGCCCUAUUUGCAGACAAACCAGAAAUCCGCUUUGUAUAAGAACACAUGGUACGAGAAAAAGUUCUUGCCCUUCCUCCAGCAAUACUACAAAGGAGAUCUGGUCUGGAGUACCGGUAACGUCUCGUCACAAGCGGAUGCUGACGCGAGAUAUUGGGCGAUUAUCAACGACGGAGUGUACGACUUGACAAACUAUUUUUACACCCUGGAUCGCAUGAACGACAUAGACACAUAUGACUUCCUCCCCAGUGCGGUCACCACUCUGUUCAAGCAGCAUGCAGGUUCAGAUAUCACUAGUAAAUGGCAGGAUUCAGCGAAUUUCACAAACGCCCUUACUUGCAUGCAACGGGUAUUCUACGUUGGCAAAGUUGAUUUCAGGGACUCUCCGAGAUGUACGGUCAAUAAUUGGAUUCUACUCUCAUUCACAGUUCUCAUUGCGGCUGUCAUUCUGGUCAAGUUCUUCGCUGCUCUGCAACUUGGGUCUAAACGUCGUCCAGCUCCUCAAGACAAGUUCGUCAUUUGCCAAGUCCCUGCUUACACCGAAGGCGAAGACCAAUUGCGAAAAGGUCUCGACUCUCUCACCGCUCUACAGUACGACAACAAGAGAAAACUCAUCUGUGUGGUCUGCGACGGAAUGAUUGUUGGAAGUGGUAACGACAGGCCGACACCUAAAAUUGUGCUCGAUAUUCUUGGAGUCGAUCCUAAAAUUGAUCCUCCAGCUCUUCCCUUCAAAUCUGUUGGCGAGGGUAGCGAUCAAUUGAAUUACGGCAAGGUGUAUUCUGGACUGUACGAAUACGAAGGCAAUGUUGUCCCGUAUGUUGUCAUUGUCAAGGUUGGAAAGGAAUCGGAGCAGGCCAAGUCCAAACCAGGGAACCGUGGAAAACGCGAUUCUCAAAUCCUCGUUCUCAGUUUCCUUAACCGUGUUCACCACCGUGCACCAAUGUCCCCGUUGGAGCUGGAGAUUUUUCAUCAAAUUAACAACGUUAUCGGCGUUGAUCCUGAAUUAUACGAAUACCUCUUGAUGGUCGACGCUGAUACUAGCGUGAGGGAAGACUCUUUGAAUCGCCUGGUGGCUGCUUGCGCCAAUGAUGCCAAGAUUGCUGGUAUCUGUGGAGAGACGAGCUUGCAGAAUGAAGAGCGCAGCUGGUGGACCAUGAUCCAGGUCUAUGAAUACUAUAUCUCUCACCACUUGUCGAAAGCUUUUGAAUCUCUGUUCGGUAGCGUCACUUGUUUACCCGGGUGUUUCUCUAUGUAUCGUCUUCGAACUGCCGACAAGGGCCGUCCUUUGAUUAUUUCAGACAAAGUCAUCACUGAGUACGCCGACGGUGACAUUGAUACUCUACACAAGAAAAACCUGCUGGCUCUCGGAGAGGAUCGAUUCCUUACAACACUAAUGACUAAACAUUUUCCGACCAUGUCUUAUAAAUUCAUUGCCGACGCUUAUGCCAGCACUGCAGCCCCAGAGACCUGGGGUGUGCUUCUCUCCCAAAGACGGCGUUGGAUCAACUCGACCAUCCACAACUUGGUUGAAUUGGCCGCGUUGAAAGACUUGUGUGGUUUCUGUUGCUUCAGCAUGCGUUUUGUUGUUCUGGUCGAUCUUCUAGGAACAAUUAUCCUUCCUGCAACCUGCGUCUACCUAGGAUACCUGAUAUAUCUCGUGGCCAGUCAUACGGGCCAAUUUCCGCUCAUCUCCAUUUGUGUCCUCGCAGGUGUUUAUGGUUUACAGGCUCUCAUUUUCCUCAUCAAGCGUCAAUGGCAGCAUAUUGGAUGGAUGAUUAUCUAUUUGUGUGCCUUCCCUAUCUACAGUUUUGUCUUGCCGCUCUAUUCUUUUUGGAAGCAGGAUGACUUUAGCUGGGGUACUACACGUAUUGUCAUUGGAGAAAAAGGUGACCGACGUGUGGUUGCUGUCGGGGACGAGGUCUUUGAUCCCAGGAGCAUUCCUUUUCAGCGAUGGGAUGAUUAUGCGUUGGUCAACAACUUGCCGGGAAGACGCGGCCAUGGCGAAAUGAUGGAAGAGAAGAACUAUGGCCCAUACAUGGAUGAUGCCGCCAUGGAGAUGGAUGAUUUGCAUUCGACUUAUUCCUCGGUGAAACCAACAUCGACAAUCCUGACUGGCUUCCCUGGUGGCCGUGGCCCAUACGUGCCACCACAAUCGCCGGCUCCUUUCGGUGGCAACAACCGCAAUUCUCGCAUGUCUACCUUUUCUCGAUACACCGAUGCGCCCCAGGUUGGUGGACACGGUCAACGUCAGAUGUCGAUGGGCAACCUCAGCAACUACCAAGAUAACGCCAUGAACGCAAGUCGAUUAAGCAUGCCUAUGAUGCAGAGCUCUGAAAACCUUCUUGGGGCGCCCAAUCGGCAGCGAAGCCCACUUGCUGGCGGUUACGGUUCUCGCCCAGUCAGCACUAUCAUGGAUUUCCGCAGUGUUCCUGGUCAAGGGCCUGACGAUACAACGAUCGUCGAUGCUAUUCGUCAAGUUCUUGGCGAGGUCGACCUCGACAAUAUCACUAAAAAGCAAGUGAGGGCUCUUGUUGAGCAGCGCCUCCAGACCGAGUUGGCCGGCGAACGACGUACCUUUGUUGAUCGCCACAUUGACCAGGAACUCGCCAACAUGUGA